AUGAGAGUAGCAUCUGGAGCGUUCCUUGGUAUCCUAAAUGCGAUGAAAAGCAUAACAAUAAGUACGAAGAGACAGAUGGUGCAAGCAUGCAUAAACUCUGUAGCUCUGUACGCAACAGAAGCAGCCUCUAGAGAGGAAAUCACUGAAAGGAUAAUCGCUGAGAUGGAGAAGAUACAACGUAGAGGGCUAAGAGUUAUCCUAAAUUCACCACAAGCCACAGCAAAUGAAACUCAUCUAAUAGACUUAGGGAUGAUGUCUGCAAGAGCCUUGCUGGAUAAAAGAGCUUUUUAUUAUUCAGGGCGAAAGUAUCAAAUGCAAAAGAAGGGAGCAUACUCAAAAAUUUAG